AUGGAAGUUGUUGGACUAAUUUCUGGAGGAAAAGACAGUUGCUAUAAUCUGAUGUGCGCUGUUCGAGAAGGACACAAAAUCGUAGCACUCGCCAAUUUGCACCCACCUAAAGAUUCCGAAUCCGAUGAACUGGAUUCUUACAUGUACCAAAGCGUUGGAGCUGAUGGAAUCGAGCUUUAUGGAGAAGCGAUGGGGCUCCCAUUGUAUCGUCGAGAAAUCAGUGGACAGGCUAAAAAUCAAAAGGCUAACUACGAAAAAACGGAAGGAGAUGAAGUGGAAGAUCUUUUUGAAUUGCUGACAGAAGUCAAAAAAAAUCAUUCAGAAGUAAAAGGAGUUUCUGCUGGAGCGAUAUUGUCGAGCUAUCAAAAAGUUCGCGUUGAGGAUGUGUGUCGGAGACUGAAUCUCACUCCACUAUGCUUUCUUUGGGAGAAGGAACAGAAUUCCCUACUCUCCGAAAUGGUGGAAAAUGGCGUUGAUGCGGUUCUGAUCAAGGUGGCAGCAAUUGGACUUGGCGAGAAACAUCUUGGAAAAACGCUCGCAGACAUGGCUCCAAUCAUGAAAACACUACAAGACAAGUAUGGAGUUCAUCCCUGUGGAGAAGGCGGAGAGUUCGAGUCAUUCGUUCGAGACUGUCCGCUUUUCAAAAAACGGAUUGUGAUUGAUGAGACAGAGACAGUUACCCAUCAAGAUGAUCCGGUUGCUCCCGUAUUUUACCUUCGCCUCAAGAGAAUGCAUCUGGAAAACAAGUAA